GACGACUUUUCGCGGCAUUGUCUGCUUAAUCCCAGCAAGAUGCCGAACUCUUGCAAAGACAUCCGGGAUGCAUUGGCCCAAUGCCUCCAAGAAUCUGACUGUAUAAUGGUCCAGCGCCACACACCCCGCGAAUGCCUAAGCGAACCCCUCGUUGACACACUACCCAUGAGAUGCCAACAGCUGCGCAAAGGGUUCGGCGAGUGCAAGCGGGGAUUGAUCGAUAUGCGCAAGCGAUUUCGCGGAAACCAACCCCUCGCGGGAGCCAGUGAAAUGGAAGGCGGGAAGCGGACCAAGUCCGAACAAUUAUAUGCUGGGAAGCCGGCGUUCGAGACCGUUAAGGAGAUUAGUGGAGAUGAGGUUCAGAUGGAUCCCGAGAAGACAAGGGGACUGUAAGGGGGUACUUCGAUGCUAUAUUGAUUGACGAGGGGAAACCUCUCCGUGAUCGAAGGAUCGGCGACAUACAACGGGACUUUUGUGUUUGCGUUCUCUUGGCAUGGGCUGGAGUUUGUGGAGGGACUUGUACGAUUAUAGACCUCAUGAUUCUGGUGUACGAUGCACUGUACAUACUGGGUAAAUUAAUAUUCGCCGCUACCAACAACCACCUUUUGGAUAUGAGUUCCGUAGCUGGAAGUUCUUCAGGUCGGGCUGGAUGGACAGUCGGGGAGCAGUGCUGACAAAGCUAGUAAGAUAGGGUUAAAUAUAGUCCAAAUUGAUUGUAACGACAUAAAUGGCUGC